AUGUCACUCCCUCUACUCAUUGCUGCGGCGAUUCCAGUCGCUAUCAUCGCUCUCGUGAUCAAGACCUGGUGGGAUCGUCGUUUCCUGCUCAAAAACGUCGCUGCGCCGGCCAACGCCUCGCUCAUCUGGGGACACGAAAAGACAGAGUUUGAAGACAAUCAAGGUUGGCAAUGGCGAGCUUGGUUCAAGGAGUGCGGUAAAGCCUUCAAGAUCAAGGGAGCGUGGGGACACCCUGACAUCCUUGUUGUUGGCGACACCGUUGCCCUCUCACACAUCUAUGCGAAGAACACGUACAAUUAUCCUCACUCACCCGUCUUUAUUCCUUUGAUUGAGCGCUUAACGGGACGAUCACUGAUUUGGGUUGAAGGCGAGCGUGCCCAUAAAAAGAUGCGCGCCAUGAUUGCGCCAGCCUUUUCGGUUGAAAAUGUCCGGAAGAUGGGAGGCGACAUCUACCAUGUCGCCAACACGUUGAGCAACAAACUCUCGAACGAUAUCCUCAGCAACAAUGGUUCAGUGGUCGUCGACGCAACAGAGCUCGCCGCCCCGGCUACUUUGGACGUUAUUGGUCGUGUCGCCCUCGGCCACGACUUUGGUGCUGUCAAUGGCAGCGCAGAAGGUGUCAAGAUCACCCAAAGUUGGAGAGCACAGAAUCAAAUGGGACAGGAAGCCGAUGGGUUCACUGCAAUGCUCGUUCUUCGCCUCUUCCCUUGGAUCACCUCGCUUCCGCUUGAAGCCAUCAAGGCUCAAGGUGCCGUUGCUGAGCGCAUCCGGGAGAUUGCCAAGGCUAUUGUCUCAAAUGGUCAGAUUGAGAAGGGUGGCAAGGACCUAAUGUCUAUUCUCCUCCGUGCAAAUGCCAAUGAAGAUCCCAACAAGCGUGUCGACCUUGCUCAAAUUUAUGAUCAUGUUGUCACAUUUAUCGUCGCCGGCCACGAAACAACUGCGGGUGUCACUGCCUUCACCCUCUGGACACUUGCUACUCACCCUGAAAUUCAAAAUGCCCUUCGUGACGAGCUCCUUGCGUUCCCUGGCGAACCCACGUAUGACGACUUUGCCAACCUCGACACGUUCCCUCUUCUUGAUGCCGUUUGCAAGGAAAAUCUCCGCAUGUUCCCGGCUUCUGCUCGUAAUGAAAAGGUUGCUGAAAACGACGACAUCCUGCCCCUUCGUGAACCGAUCAAGGGCGCUGAUGGUUCUUGGAUCAAGAGCAUUCCAGUCAAGAAGGGACAAGUAAUUCACAUUCCUUCCAUCGGCAUCAACCGUGACGAGGACGUUUGGGGAGAUGCUGAUGUGUUCCGACCAAGCCGUUGGCUCGUUGGCCGUCCUGGCUGCGAGAAGUACUGCAAGCCCGGAGAACAAGGUCUCAAACCCGCCGACGAAAUGUGCGGCGGCUGGGCUGGUAUCUUCACCUUCUCCGAAGGGCCUCGCGCGUGUGUCGGCAUGCGGCUCGCUCUCUUCGAGUACAAAGUGCUCAUCUACACCCUCGUCAAGCACCUCGUCUUUGAAGACACUGGUGCGAAGAUCAUGACGAGAUUUGGAGCUACCCUUGCUCCCCGCGUCGUUGGCCAAGAGGCCGAUGGCAUCAAACUCCCCGUCAAGAUUAGUCUCGCGUAG